UUGAAAUAUUCAGGAAAAGAAUGGACGUGGCAGGACGUUGCUCAUAAGAUCAAGUUCACAGACAAACCGAUCUCGCAUUCGUUGAUUCGCUUUGACUCCAGCGAGCUUGAUAAGUUGGCCUGCGAGACAUUUAUGUGCAUUAUGCGUUACAUGGGAGAUGAACCAAUUCGACGAGGUGAAACAAUAACUGACGCCGUUUACCGUCUGUUACUAAUUUGUCAUAAAAAUCCUGCACUACGAGACGAAGUCUAUUGUCAGAUUAUUCGCCAGACCACUAACAACAAAUCUAACAAGCCAGACAGUUCGAUUCGGGGAUGGCGAUUGUUCUCGAUACUUACAGCUUACUUUGAGAGUUCUUUAGCUCUACGACCUUACCUUAUUAACUACUUGGCUGAGAAUGCUGACGAUCAAAGGAGAGCUUAUCACGGAACUGCCCAGUUGUGUUUGCAAAAUUUGAACCAGACCAUGCGCUAUGGUGGCCGAAAGUACUUGUUGAGCGGUAUGGAAGUUGAAGAAAUUACUAAUGGCAAAAUACUGAAACGCCAAGUCUACACACUUCCUGGUGGUAACAAGAAAGUUGUGAACACGAAAAGUAUUACCGUAGUAGAGGAAGCCAUCAGAGAGUUGUGUUUGGAGCUCAACAUUCGAAGUCCAUCGGAACAGCAGGAGUUCUGUCUUUGCUAUGUGCUCGAGAAAGAUAAUCGAACUGAAUAUUGUGCAAACGAUGAUUACAUAUUGGAUAUCUGUACGGAACUUGAACACAAACGUGUGCCAUUCCACUUUUUGCUAAGACGCUGCACUUGGGUGCAUCCGUUACGACUUGAUCACCCAGUGUACAUUGAUGUAAUGUUCUUCCAGGUGGUUCCUGAUUACCUGCAAGGCUCUCUCCUUACGAGACAAGCCAGUGGCCACAUGAGUGCGUCAGUAUGUGACGAUGUCACCAAACUUGCAGCCUAUCUUCACAUGGCUGCCAACGAAGGACAACGGAUAGCUGUGACACCGAGAACAGUACAGACAAUAGUGCCGGCACCAGUGUUGGAGUAUCCAUCCCCGUCACCUGAUUCGUGGGCUUCGAGAAUCAAUCGUCAACUACGGACCAUGAAUCCGAAUACUACGGCCACACAGGCUAGGGCUGCUUUCUUAGAAAUAUUAUCUACAUGGCCUUUGUUCGGUAGCACGAUAUUCCGACUGGACGCUGCAUCAUUUGACGGACGAGCUCUCCCACCGGUUGAGCUGGCUGUUGGUAGGACUGGCGUCAAGCUUCUGGAGCCACGAAGUAGGGACGUCGUUGAGCACUGGCCAUAUGAUAAGGUAGAUCUAAUCCGUUCCAUUGAGCAAAUCUGUCCACCGGUGGUUGGACUAUUAACAAGUAUAUAA